CUAUAUCCAAACAUCCAAAUUCCCACCUCGGAAACUCCAUGGAUAUUCUCUUGCUUUCUAUUUCUCUCUUCCUAUUUACUCUUCUCUUUGCCUCCAAUUUUGUGCUGAAACCACAUCGCUUGAAACUCCCACCAACCCCUCUCUUAUGUCUUCCACUAAUAGGCCAUCUCCAUCUCCUCAACCAUCCCAUCCAUCGAACACUCACCAACCUUUCUCAAAAAUACGGCCAUGUCUUCUCUCUCCGAUUUGGUUCCCGUCUCGUUAUUGUCAUUUCUUCUCCUUCUGCCGUACAAGAAUGCUUCACAAAGAACGAUAUUGCUCUUGCAAAUCGCCCAUUGUUGAACUCUGGAAAGUACCUAGACUACAACUAUACCGUCAUGUCAGUCUCCCCUUACGGUGAACAUUGGAGAAACCUCCGCCGGAUUGUCUCCCUUGAGAUCUUCUCAACAAAUCGCCUCAAUUUUUUCUUGGGCGUUCGGGGAGAGGAAAUCAAAUGUUUGCUAUGUAAAUUAUGUGGGAAUUUAUUGGAAGAUCGAUUUAGGGUCGUGGAAUUGGAGCCCAUGUUGCUUGAUCUUAUGUUCAAUAUUGUUAUGAGAAUGUUGGCUGGGAAGAAGUCUUUUGAAGGACAUUCUUACAAGUUUAAAGAAAUGGUGACACAUAUUAUGGCUCAUAGUGGAGCAACCAAUCCAGCAGACUUCAUACCCUUAUGGGGUUUCAUUGAUCCAACCGGUUUUGGGAAGAGGGGAAAGAAGCUUGCAAAGACAUCUGAUGAACUCCUUCAAGAGUUACUCGAUGAAAUUCGAGAUAAAGAAGAUGGAGGGAACACUAUGAUUCAUCGUUUACUUAGCUUGCAGAAUACCGAGCCUGAAUAUUAUAGCGAUCAAAUUAUCAAAGGAUUGAUUCAAGAUAUAUUAUUAGCCGGGAUUGACACGUUAGUUGUGACAUUGGAGUGGGCAUUAUCUCAAUUGCUCAACAAUCCAGAGGUGUUGGAGAAAGCAAGAGCUGAGAUAGACAGUUCGAUUGGGUACGAGCGUUUAGUUAACGAAGCUGAUCUGCCGAGUUUGAGUUAUGUUCAAGGAAUAAUCUCUGAGACUUUAAGGCUUCACCCAGCUGCUCCUCUUCUUUUGCCGCAUUGUGCAUCUGAAGAAUGCAAAAUAGAAGGAUAUGAUGUUCCUCGUGAUACGAUAAUAUUGAUCAAUGCUUGGGCUAUGCAUAGAGACCCGAAUCUAUGGGAAGAUGCUACCAGCUUUAAACCUGAAAGGCAUGCAAAUGGGAUGAAGAAUGGAGCAGAGUCAUACAAACUGAUACCAUUUGGGUUGGGGAGGAGAGCUUGUCCUGGUUUGGGAAUGGCGCAACGAGUGGCUGGCUUGACUUUAGCAUCGUUGAUACAAGGGUUUGAAUGGGAAAGAUUGAACAACUCGUUAGUUGACAUGAGUGAAGGUAAAGGGAUUACAAUGCCCAAAGCUCAACCCUUGGUGGCUAAGUGUAAACCACGCCCCAUCAUGAAACUCGUUUAUGAAUCUGGCAAUUGACAUCGGCUGAAACAAAGAAAAUAUGUUAUCACUAGCCGACUCCACUCUUUGAAUAAAGUGCAUCUCUACCCUAUAACUCAAA